CCAGCAGUCGUCAGCAGCAAUCUCUACACAGCAGCAGGUCGGGGAACUCUGUGCACUACACCGGCAUUUGCCGUGGACUCGGACAGAGGCCCACUGAGCUCAAAUGGAGGGCUGCAUUUCCUUAUGACCUUAGGUGUGACUGAAUCCACUCAUCCUUCCAUUGAGACUUAAGCAAAGAUAAACAAUAUUAACACAUACCCAGUCAUUCCAUCGCAGAAUACUGACAUGUGAGGUGAACAUGUCCCAUCAUCAUGGCUUGUGUGUGGACUGUGUGUACAUGGACAUUCAAGGGGAUACUGUGCACCUGCAGGUUCCUUUGGAUUUGUCCAUAUAAUGCAAUUCAGUUCUUGCCAAGAGAGCAACGCAUUAGAGACGCCACUGUUCAACAGCCGAAACAGGUUGUAGGGUCAGAAAGUAAAGCGAUUGCUGCCAUCCCAGGUAGCCCUGACCGUACAGCUGCCCUGCAGAAAAGACUGACCAAAACUGAGAAAGAGAUACUGUCCCUGAAGACCAGGGUAGCCUGUGAAAGAGCUUCAUGGGAAAGGAGAUUUGCAGAGCUACAAAGAAAACAGGAAGAGAUAUGCAAUCAGCUGGCCUCAGAGGGAGGAACGCUAGGGAAAGCUGGUAAAUGUGACAGCGAAUCACCAGUGGACAACGGAGACACAUAUGAGGAAUGCUCAAGUGGUCUUUCAGGACUGAGGUACCAGCACAGAGGGUCAGAAGCAUCCUCAUUAAGAGACGACACUUGUGCGAGCAGUUUAUCUGGCAGCCAGUUUUCAGCCUCCUCAGCACUGAGCUCAAGAUUUACCUCCUCAUCUUCAGCAGCCAGUGUGAGAUCAUGGAGGACAACCCACGGGCCCCACCGGGUUUUUGUCCCGCACUCCCCCAUGGACUUGCAGCUGGGUCACCGGGUCCGGAUCAUGCUGCCGUCUGGACGCAUUAGCACAGGAACCAUUCGUUUCAUAGGCCACCUGCAGGGGGAGGAAGAGCUCCACCUUGGGAUUGAAGUGCAGACACCUGAACAUGGGUUACAUGAUGGGAGCCACAGGGGACAGAGCUACUUUGAAUGCAAGCCUGGCCAUGGUGCCUUUGUGCCAUUCAACAAGCUACUGAUGGCCUGGGAGUGAUAAGAAGAA